AUGGGAGUUAACAAACUUAAUAGUCUAAUGAAAACAAUGGCUGAGAAUGCCGGCCUUGACAACUCUCAACUUAAGAACCACAGCGCUCGAAAACGGAUGGUUCAAACAUUGAAUGAUAAGGAUAUUCCUCCUUGUUAUAUUCCUAGAAUUUCACUCAACUAAACAGGGACUGCCAUUGGUUGAUUCUUGGUCACGUGGCCUUGACUAAAAUCAAAUGUAACUCGAUCGUGAUACAUUAAACAAUGUAUCCCGCUCGGAAUGCAUUGCAGCACGUGAUCAAAGCAUGGUGGAAAGUAGCGUGACCGAAGGCGGGAAAAACACCGCCAGGUUCUGCCAGUUUUCUUUUUCGUGAAUGAACACAACAACACAAUCACGAAGCCUCAAGCUAAAAAGCAGCGAUUUUUAAAGUUAUCCCAGAAGUUCCCAGAAGAAAAACAGCAGCUAGUGGAGGAAAAAGAUGCAGAUGAUAUAAGGAAAGUACUUUUGUUUGUAAAUCAUUCGUUCAGUGGUUUUGAGAAUUAAAUUUGUGUUGUCAUAAGUACCGAGUCGACUGUUUUGGUUCGUUUUCGUUCGCUCCGGUUGUUCUUUUGUUGCUGUUGAAGUGAAAGUCUAGAAAUAUAACAAAACACUUAAUGUCAGAGAUCCCUCAGGAAACCAGUUAGUUUUGUUUUCCCUCGAGUCCUGAUGUUUCCCUCGACUUCGUCUCGGGAAACAUCAGGACUCUCGGGAAAAUAAAACUAACUGUUUCCCUUGGGAUCUGACAUUAAGUGUAUAUUGUCGUGUAAUGCAGUUAUCAGGACACAAAAAUGCGCAGAGUAUUAACAACUACAGUCAUGUCUCACAAGAACAACAGAAAAGUAUGUCAAGGAUAUUGAGUGGCUGGACUUCAAUAGUUCAAACUGAAACGCACUCUCUUGUCGAAACAAGAAAAGAAAGUCCAACGCCGACAGCAGCAGGGCUAUUCAAGGGUGCUUUGUUUUAUGGAGGAAAUUUCACCAUCAAUAUCAGCUCGUCCUCUUCCCCAACAGAAGCACAAAAACAACAAACUUAUAAACGAAUAAAACGCAUAUUUGACCCUUCAGACGACGACGACACUAGUCCUCCUUUGACAUAG